UACUUUUCAAAAUAAGAGUUCAACAGAUGGCGAUAUUUGUGUUGUGGUGAAGUUUGACCUGAUUUAGACGGAUAGUUGUAACUGCUGGAUAUUUUUUGGAUUAUUCUCCGGACCAGAGCGAAAUUAUGAAAGUCAGAAUCCAGCUGUUGAAAAGAAUCUUGUCAAAAGAUAAAUACACACAGGUUUAGCUCACCCCAGUGCCACAAAGUGCGACGUCCAGGGGGGAUUUUGCGAUAAACAACAUCCAUGUUAGUAACUCUAGAGCUAUAGAGUGGUAACUGUGUGCCCUUUAAAAUGGGUCAGAAUAAAGUUAGGCAACGAUUCAGCUGAGAAAACUUAGUUGUCUGCUAAACUGCAUGUCUAGCUAAAUAGUUGGACAAGCUAAAGACCUAACAACCCACUACUUACUUAAAGCAGACAGUUGCCUUACCAGCCUGAUAAUGCCUGUGGAUCAGAAACAUUCAAGGUACAUCUGACUGACCCAACACAAAGAUUAAAACUGAAAUCAUAAUGCAGGAAGGCUUGAGAAGACCUUUAUCAAGAGAUCGACAGAGCCAGUCCACUACUGAAAACUGGUUUGAGAGAAGACAGCGGUCAGCAAUUACAGACAGUCGAGGUCUCAGCAGACCAAAGGGACUGGUUCCCGGUAGCUUCCAGCAUCUAGGAGGGAGCAGGAGUCUCCAGAAUGACACCACCCAAAAGGGAGGCACAUCAGAGCACACAAGAAAGCCAUCAAGGCAAAAGUUUGAGCCCAACAAUAAAAGAGGAAAUAACAGAAAAUCAUCAGACGCAGCCAGAGGAGGUUACAAAGGUGCCAGACCUGCUGAAAAAUCGGAAGCGAGACCCAAAUCAGAGGAUAUGAAAAGAUGCCAGUUUGAAGUAAAACUGUCAGACUUUCCUGAACUGUGUGACACCAAGCCACUUGCAAGCCCAGAUGUUCGAUCGUGCUGGGGUUCAGUCAGAGUGUCAGUUCUUUAUGAUUCACCAGCAGCUACUGUUAAGGAGACAUCAGGAAAUAAAGGACCAAAACAGAAAUCAAAAGAUCAUGUCAUCUCGACGGAAAAGACACAACAGAAAUCGAGUGCCACAACAGGUGCAGAUAUUGAACUUGUGUUACCAAAUCGUUAUGGAUCACCAGCAACAUCCUGGGCCAGCGUUGCCUCUCAGCCCCCGAAAGACAUGCAAAAAAGCCCUGCUGCACAAGAUACAUCCUCUCAGGAGGAUUUGUGUCUGCCAGAAGCUGAACAAACUAGUAAGAAGAAAAGGAAGAAAAAGAAGAAAUCUAAACCAGGGUCUGAAGACUUAGAGCAGGAGACGCACAAUAUGGCGCUGAAACAGCAGGAGCCUCCCAAGUUUGAGGAUGAAGAGGAGUUUCCGGAUCUUUCUUUGGCUUCUGUUAAUCCAAGCAAAGCACAGAGGCAUUUGUCAAUUCCUGGAAUACAGGAGAAUACUGGGACACCUGAGAAAGAUGGGUCGGUUCUGCAAUCGGAGAAUAUAAACAAAAGCAAAGCUGCUGAUGUAAAGUCUGGAUCUGCUACUUUAAAGAAAGUGCAGCCAGUAGGUCAGAAGAAGAGCAAAGCACUUGUUCAGCUUGACCUUGGGAACAUGUUGGCUGUUCUGGAGCAGAAACAGUCUCAGAAGUCAAGACAAGAUGUUAAACCACUAACCCUUUCAGUGGGAGGAGCACUACCAAUUGUCCACAAGGACCCAACGGCUCAAAAGAAGCAUUCAUGGCAGCAAGAGAGGAUAGCACACAACCCUCUGGAUUCUACCUGCCCUUUAGUGAAAAAGGGAAAACAGCGAGAGGUCCCUAAAGCCAAAAAGCCCACACCCCUUAAAAGAGUCAUUUUGAAGGAGAGAGAAGAAAGGAAGCAGAACCGAUUGCUAGAAGAAAGAGAUCCAACGAAAAUCACUAGUGAAGUCGGUCAAGAGCCGGAAGCCAGUGAAAAUCUUUCUGAGAGUAGUUCAGUGCAGCAGAGUCAUGAAGCAACAAGUGACCAAAGUGUUGCUGAGGAGGACGAUCAGACGGGUUCAUCUGAAGACCUGAGGAACCUCGUAGAAGAAAAUGUGCAGUCUAAAAACGUGGAUUCAAAUUCCAACCCUAAUCGUCCGAAAAUCCACAGCAGGAAAUUUAGAGACUACUGCAGCCAGAUGCUAAGUAAAGAUGUAGAUGAGUGUGUGACCACUCUGCUGAAGGAGCUGGCGAGGUUCCAGGAUCGGCUUUACCAGAAAGAUCCCAUGAAGGCCAGGAUGAAGAGGCGACUGGUCAUGGGUCUCAGGGAGGUGUUGAAACACCUGAAGCUCAGGAAAGUCAAGUGUGUCAUCAUUUCUCCCAACUGUGAACGUGUACAGUCCAAAGGUGGUCUCGAUGAGGCUCUUCACACAAUCAUUGAUACAUGUCGGGAACAAGGCGUUCCUUUCGUCUUUGCCUUAUCAAGGAAGUCUUUGGGUCGAUGUGUGAACAAAGCUGUUCCUGUCAGUCUGGUGGGCAUUUUCAACUAUGAUGGAGCACAGGACUAUUACCACAAAAUGAUUGAGCUCACAUCACAGGCAAGGAAAGCCUAUGAGGUGAUGAUUACCAACCUUGAGGUAAAUUGCCAGGAACAACUGGGAGAAGAGAAUGAGGCACAGCAGCAUAUGGAGCCACCAUUAGACACCCCGGAGGCUGAAGAACCAGAAUACAUUAAAGUUUGGAAGAAGAUGCUGGAGAAAGACUACAACCACAAGUUCCUGCCUUUCGAAGAGCAGUUUGCUUCAGUGACCAUCAGCACAGAUUCGGACAACCAUCUGAAUGACCUUGAAGGAAGCUGAUAAUUCGUAAAUCGAAUUAUGACUUUAUUCUAAUGUGAAUAGGGGUGUAACGAUAGAGAAAAUCGUAAUUCGAUAAAAUAUGUUGCAAUGGUGUCCUCACUAUGAUCCAUAUUGAAUACAACAAAUGUAAGCAUUGCCUGAGUUAUGUGCCUUAGGUUUCCAUUUGAUUCGAACAUUCAACAUUCUUGCAAACACUGUCUAAAUAAUGACAGCGUUUGUGUGAUCUGUCCUUAGCGGCAUAUAAUAAAACAAAAGCUGUGAAUUAGUAUGUAACAAAACUAAAACAUGUCUAAUUGGUUUGACACUAGCAUGGACGUGUCUAAAGCACUGGGUUUUAAUUUAUUAAUUUCCUUCCGUUUAAUUCCCAUGCUGUUAACUCAUGCUGUCAAAAGCAAGCAGCUCUUUGUAGCACAUGUUUUUGAACCUUGCGUUAUUCUGCAUCACCUAUAUAGAAGAAUGCUGUUAGAUGUGUUUGUAGUAAUGACACUGGUGAAUUGUGCUCCCUGGCUGUCAGCAUUGUAAUUUACAAGGAAAGCCAAAGUGCUUUUUGUUGUUUUUCUUGAUAUAAUAUGCUAGUGCACAAGUCGGUGUAUUAGCUUGUGAAAAAUAGUGUUCUUAGAAGAAGUGUGCUUUAUUUUUUAACCCCCAUGAACUCAUUUCAGGUAAAGAGGAAGCUAUUUUUUCAGAAGAGGGAACGUGGGCUUAUGUUUAUAUGUUCAUUACACCUCACAUAAUAUGAGCAUUAUUUUAUGAGAAAUAGCCGACUUUCUUAUGCAGGGUGUUGAAUGUGUUUUUCAAUGCAUAGACAUAUCGAAGUGAGAGACUUGUAUCUAAUUAUAUUUUGCAGUGUGCGAUAUCAUUACACCCCUAAUUAUGUAUUCGUUCAAUAUCCAUUGAUUUUUAUUGAAAUGUUUACAAAUUUGCACAAACAUCUUUGAAGUUAAAACUAAAUAUGACUGCCUCUAAAAUAAUGUCACCAAUAAUCCAUUUAUAUAUAUCUAGUAAUUAAAACCAAUUAUGUUAAUGUCAUUGUAUGUAUUUGAAUGUUUAGUUUUUCUUUUUCUUCUACAAAUGAAUGAAUCAGCCUUGUGUGCACCACGGAGGAAUAUACAGUAUGUCUGCUGGACAGCAUCUGGUCAUUAUUUUCUCUGCAUCAUCAACUGGUGGCACUAGCCAAUAAAAGAUCUAGUACUAUACAAAC